GCUCUGCUUUGCUCCCGUUCCCAUGCUGAUUUUUUUAGGCGGCUGCUGGCCUGCCUGUCUCCACUGGAAGCUCCGGAUUACGUAGAAAAGGGGCGGGCGGCAUGAGGAUCCAGUGCGACGCGUGCGAGGCCGCGGCGGCCGCGGUGGUGUGCUGCGCCGACGAGGCGGCGCUGUGCGCGCGCUGCGACGUGGAGAUCCACGCCGCCAACAAGCUCGCCAGCAAGCACCAGCGGCUCCCGCUCGGCGACGCCGCGGCGCUCCCCGCCAGCCUCCCGCGCUGCGACGUGUGCCAGGAGAGGCCGGCCUUCAUCUUCUGCGUCGAGGACAGGGCGCUCCUCUGCCGCGACUGCGACGAGCCCAUCCACGUCCCCGGCACGCUCUCCGGCAACCACCAGCGCUACCUCGCCACCGGCAUCCGCGUCGGCUUCAGCUCCGUCUGCGGCGCCAGCGCCGAGGGCCUCCCGCCGGCGCCGCCCAAGGGAAGCUCCAAGCCCACGGCCGUCGUCAGCGCGCCAGCUGCCGGGACGACCACCAAAACAAGGACGGUCAAGGACGCGCUGCCGCAGGAGGUGCCGUCCUCGCCGUUCCUGCCACCGUCCGGUUGGGCCGUCGAGGACCUCCUCGAGCUGUCGGACUACGAAUCCAGCGACAAGAAAGACUCGUCUCUUGGGCUCAAGGAGCUGGAGUGGUUCGAGGACAUCGACCUGUUCCACGCCCAUUCGCCAGCUAAAACUGCCAUGGCGGAGUUCUUCGCCUCGCCGCAGCCAGUGAGUAACGCCGGGUUCUACAAGGCGAACGGGGCGCGCCUGUUCAAGAAGUCACGGAUGGAGGUGCCUGACGACGACGACGAGGACUACUUCAUCGUUCCUGAUCUUGGCUGAGAAUGAGAUGAGAGAUCUCUGCAUGAUUCUCCAGUCAUGUGAUGUGUGUAUGUAUGCAAAAUAUGUAUGUAUGCCAUCAUGGGGUGCACUGACGCUUACGUUGGACAUAUGUAAUUAUCCAGUCAUGUGAUGUGUAUGUACGCAAAAUAUGUAUGUAUGCCAUCAUGGGAUGCACUG